CAACAGCUGGGCCCCACCCGUUGAGACGCUCUAACGGCCAGGCCCCGCCCUGAAGGCAUUAUAACAACCAGGCUCCGCCCCCAGGCGCUCUAACGGCCAGGCCCCGCCGCUCGAGGCGCCCCAACGGCCAGGCCCCGCCCCCGCGUGCGUGCGCGACUCCGCAGAGCCGUGCGGGCGCCCGCGUACUCACUGGCUGAGGUGGCAGUGGCCCCGCCAACAUGGAGCUCUCGCAGAUGCCGGAGUUCAUGGGGCUGUCGGUGUUGCUUGGGCUGCUGGCCCUGAUGGCGACCGCGGCGGUAGCGCGGGGGUGGCUGCGCGCGGAGGAGAGGAGCGGCAGGCCCGCCUGCCAAAAAGCAAAUGGAUUUCCACCUGACAAAUCCUCAGGAUCCAAGAAGCAGAAACAGUAUCAGCGGAUUCGGAAGGAGAAGCCUCAACAACACAACUUCACCCACCGCCUCCUGGCUGCAGCUCUGAAGAGCCACAGCGGGAACAUAUCUUGCAUGGACUUUAGCAGCAAUGGCAAAUACCUGGCCACCUGUGCAGAUGAUCGCACCAUCCGCAUCUGGAGCACCAAGGACUUUCUGCAGCGAGAGCACCGCAGCAUGAGAGCCAACGUGGAGCUGGACCAUGCCACCCUGGUGCGCUUCAGCCCUGACUGCAGAGCCUUCAUCGUCUGGCUGGCCAACGGGGACACCCUCCGUGUCUUCAAGAUGACCAAGCGGGAGGAUGGGGGCUAUACCUUCACAGCCACCCCAGAGGACUUCCCUAAAAAGCACAAGGCGCCUGUCAUCGACGUUGGCAUUGCUAACACAGGGAAGUUUAUCAUGACUGCCUCCAGUGACACCACUGUCCUCAUCUGGAGCCUGAAGGGUCAAGUGCUGUCUACCAUCAACACCAACCAGAUGAACAACACACAUGCUGCUGUAUCUCCCUGUGGCAGAUUUGUAGCUUCGUGUGGCUUCACCCCGGAUGUGAAGGUUUGGGAAGUCUGCUUUGGAAAGAAGGGGGAGUUCCAGGAGGUGGUGCGAGCCUUCGAACUCAAGGGCCACUCCGCGGCUGUGCGCUCAUUUGCUUUCUCCAACGACUCGCGGAGGAUGGCUUCUGUCUCCAAGGAUGGUACAUGGAAACUGUGGGACACAGAUGUGGAAUACAAGAAGCAGCAGGACCCCUACUUGCUGAGGACAGGCCGCUUUGAAGAGGCGGCGGGCGCCGCACCGUGCCGCCUGGCCCUCUCCCCCGAUGCCCAGGUCUUGGCCUUGGCCAGUGGCAGCAGUAUUCAUCUCUACAAUACCCGGCGGGGCGAGAAAGAGGAGUGCUUUGAGCGGGUCCAUGGUGAGUGUAUCACCGACUUGUCCUUUGACAUCACUGGCCGCUUUCUGGCAUCCUGUGGGGACCGGGCUGUGCGGCUCUUUCACAAUACUCCUGGCCACCGGGCCAUUGUGGAGGAGAUGCAGGGCCACCUGAAGCGGGCCUCCACCGACAGUACCCGCCAGAGGCUGCAGCAGAAGCUGACCCAGGCCCAAGAGACCCUGAAGAGCCUGGGUGCCCUGAAGAAGUGACUCUGGGAGGGCCCAGCGCAGAGGAUUGAGGAGGAGGGAUCUGGCCUCCUCCCAGCGCUGCUGCCACCUUUCCUCCCAGGUGGAAGCCUUUCAGAAGCAGUCUCCUGGUUUUCUUACUGGUGGCCUCGCUUCUUCCCAUUGAAACUACUCUUGUCUACUUAGAUCUCUUCUUGCUGGCUGUGACUCCUCCCCGACUAGUGACCAAGGUGCUUUUCUUCCCCCCAGGCCCAGUGGGUAGAAUCUAUUCCCACCCGGCGCUGAGGAGAGUGGUAGAGAGAGGAGACAGAGAGAGAACAUGAUUUUUGGCCUUGUGGCAGCACAUCCUCACACCCAAAGAAGUCUGUAAAUGUUCCAGAACAACCUAGAGAACACUUGAGUACUAAGCAGCAAUUUUGCAAGGAUGGGAGACUGGGAUAGCUUCCUAUCACAGAAUUGUGCUCCAUCAAAAAGAUACUAAGGGAUUUCCUUCUGGGCCUCAGUUCUGUUUGUAAGAUGGAGAAUAAUGCUCUCUGUGACCUCCUUGCAAAGAUGAUGUGAGGCUAAGAGAGUAUCAAGUCCCUAGGUGUAGAAGAAAAGUGGAAAAGAGUAGUACUAUUGUCCAGUGCCAUUAAAGUGGUAAAAGUGGGAACCAGUGUGCUUCAAAACCAAAUUAGAAACACAUUCCUUGGGAAGGCAAAGUUUUUUGGGACUUGAUCAUACAUUUUGUAUGGUUGGGAGUCCUCUCUUCGGGAGAUUAUAUCCUGUUUAAGGAGACCUCUUUUCAGUUCAUCAGAUAUUUGAGUGCCUACUCUGUGCCCAAAUAAAUACGUGCUGGAGAUUAAAUAUGAAUAAGACAUGAUUUCUGCCAUCAAAGAUGGCUGGUGGGAGAGAGAGAGACGCCCUUAUUAAGUGCUUUGUGUAGUUUAUUCAUAGCUACUGUUGUAUACGUCAAGGAAAGAGAGGACCAGAGCAGGACAGAGGCAAUGGGUAUUGAAGUUGAAGGGGUACAUUCGAUAAGAGAUUCGGUAUUGAGAAGUUUAAAUUUGUGAAUUUGAAGGCUGGAUGUGGCAGAUAAGGGAAAUGAGGUAUCUGGGAAGACUUGAGUGUAGGCAAAAUUUAUUCAUCCCAAGUCAAACUCUUGGUCUCUCUCAUGAAAACUACGACCUCCCCUGGUCGCCCCUGACCUCUCACCUCUCAAUGUUGGAACAAGCCAUAGUCUUGGAGUUAUCCUUGAUGACUCACCACUCAUUAUCCCCUCUGUCCCACCACCACUGCCGUCGUCUGUCCACCAGAACAUCCUUUUGGUUACACUCCAGGUGACAUCCUGAGGCUGUUGCUUCUCUCCAUCUUUUCUGUUACCAUCCUGGUUCUGGCCACUGUCACCUAGUGGGCCACUAUAAUAUGGCUUCCUAAUGGAUCUUCCUGCUUCCUCUGUUACCUCAUUACUUUUCUAUAUAGCAGAGUGAUCUUUUGAAAAUGUGAACCAGAUCACAUUAUUCCCUAGUUAAAACCCCCCAAGGCUUCCCAUCACACUUGGGAUAAAAUCCAAAAUAAUUUUU